CUGCAAGUCGAAAGUUCAUCAAUUGGUCUGAUAGACUGCCCACCGUCACAAUGGCCGACCAGGAGGUUCCCCAUGCCACCUUUGACACCAUCCUCAUUCUUGACUUUGGUUCUCAAUACACGCAUCUCCUGACCCGGAGACUGCGCGAGAUCAAUGUCUACAGUGAGAUGCUGCCAUGCACUCAGAAGAUCGCCGAUCUGCCCUUCAAGCCCAAGGGUAUCAUCCUGUCCGGUGGUCCCUACAGUGUCUACGAGGACGGCGCCCCCCACGCUGACCCCGCCGUCUUCGACCUCGGUGUCCCCAUCCUCGGUAUCUGCUACGGUCUGCAGGAAAUCGCCUACCGUCUGGGCAAGGACAACGUUGACGCCGGUACCGAGCGUGAGUAUGGUCACGCCGACCUCCACGCCAAGCGCCUCGACGACCAGGGCCACGUCGACAAGCUGUUCGCCGGCCUCGAGGGCCAGAUCAAGGUCUGGAUGAGCCACGGUGACAAGCUCGUCAAGCUCCCCACCGACUUCCACACCAUUGCUACCACCUCCAACUCCCCCUAUGCCGGUAUUGCCCACCAGACCAAGCCCCUCUACGGUGUGCAGUUCCACCCCGAGGUCACCCACACCCCUCUCGGUGCUACCAUCCUGAAGAACUUUGCCGUCGACAUUUGCGGUGCUCAACAGAACUGGACCAUGUCCCGCUUCGUCGACCAGGAGAUUGCACGCAUUCGCAAGCUGGUCGGUGAGACUGACCAUGUUCUGGGUGCUGUCAGCGGUGGUGUCGACUCCACUGUUGCUGCCAAGCUCAUGAAGGAGGCCAUCGGCGACCGCUUCCACGCCGUGCUCGUCAACAACGGUUGCAUGCGUCUGAACGAGUGCGACAUCGUCGAGGAGACCCUGAACAAGCACCUCGGUAUCAACCUGACUGUCGUUGACGCCUCCAAGCGCUUCUUGGACGGUCUCAAGGGCGUCACCGAGCCCGAGAAGAAGCGCAAGUUCAUCGGCAACACCUUCAUUGACGUCUUCGAGGAGGAGGCUCAGAAGAUCGAGGCCGAGGCCGAGCACCAGGGUGCCAAGAUCAAGUGGUUCCUCCAGGGUACUCUGUACCCCGAUGUCAUCGAGAGUAUCUCCUUCAAGGGUCCCUCGGCGACCAUCAAGACCCACCACAACGUCGGUGGUCUGCCUCAGCGCAUGAUUGACGGUCAGGGCAUGAGACUCAUUGAGCCGCUCCGUGAGCUGUUCAAGGAUGAGGUGCGCGCCCUGGGUCGCCAGCUGGGCAUUGCUCAAGAGCUGGUCAUGCGCCACCCCUUCCCCGGUCCUGGUAUUGCCAUCCGUGUUCUCGGCGAGGUUACCCCCGAGCGUGUGGAGAUUGCCCGCCGGGCCGAUCACAUCUUCAUCUCCAUGAUCCGCGAGGCUGGUCUGUACGACCAGAUUGCGCAGGCCUACGCUGCCCUGGACCCCAGCAAGGCGGUGGGUGUCAUGGGUGACAAGCGUGUGUACGCCGAGAUCAUCAUCCUGCGUGCUGUUGAGACGACCGACUUCAUGACGGCGCGCGCAUUCCCCUUCGACAACGAGUUCCUGAGCCGGUGCUCGACCCGCAUCAUCAACGAGGUCCACGGCGUGUCCCGUGUCCUGUACGACAUUUCCAGCAAGCCUCCGGCGACGAUUGAGAUGGAGUAAAAUAGUUACGAUUAAACUGAUAGUACGAGUCAUAUCAUCCAUUAGAGGAACGGAGUUACGGCAAAACGGGAUGAACGUAGAUAAUCCUGAAAUAUACCAUUUUAUCUAUCUG